CCUCCGUGGCCCUUUCUUCUCCUUCUCCUUCUCCUCCGCCGGUGCCGCUGGUGAGCGUCGGAGGGGCGAGACCGAUGCACCAGGGCGUGAAGGUGUUCGUGGGCAACGUGCCCGAGGAGACGUCGCAGGUGGAGCUGCGCGACCUGUUCGAGGCGGCGGCCGAGCCGGGCGAGGUGCUGAAGGUGGCCCUCAUGAAGCAGUUCGCCUUCGUCCACAUGCGCGACGACGCGGCGGCCGACCGGGCCAUCGGCAAGCUCAACGGGCACCUGCUGCACGGGCACCGCGUGGUGGUGGAGCACUCGCGGCCCAGGCCCACCCACACCGUCAAGGUCUUCGUGGGCAACGUCUCGGCCGCCUGCACCAGCGGCGAGCUGCGCGUCCUCUUCCAGGAGUUCGGGCCCGUCGUCGAGUGCGACAUUGUCAAAGACUAUGCGUUCGUUCACAUGGAGAAGGACGAGGAUGCUAGAGCCGCCAUUGAACAUCUUAACGGAAGGGAAAUCAAAGGCCGAAGAGUUAAUGUGGAACUCUCGAAUAAGGCUCACAAAAGGGGCCCAGCUGGGCAAGUGGGCCAGCUGGCUGUCGGAGCCGAUAAGAACAAAAUACCAACCGUAGAGAAACUCCAGCCCAGGAACGAUGCUUUGAGAUCCGGUAAUCUAGCCUUCCCGAUGGCAGCUACGGCCUAUUCUUCACUCGAAUACGACUACCAGCAGCGCAUGAACAACAACAACAACAAUUUAACCAAAUUUGACUCUCAGGACGGUCAGGCCAGGCAGAUCUCCCCCUCUUAUUUCGGAAGGGAUAGGAGCCCCAUUAGGCGCUCGCCCACGAGAGCAGGUCACAUGGUCUCCAUGGCAACCCAGCAAGCAUCCUACAGAGACCAGCCUUCCGCCUCCUUGGGAACAUCGUACAGGGACCAGCCUUCAGCAUCGCUUGGGAUGGCCUAUAGACCCCAGCCCACUACUGGGCAGGCAGCAAUGUACAGAGCCCAGCCCUCAGCCUUGCUUGGAAACGCCUAUAGAGCCCAGUCCGCUGUGCCCAUGGCAACUUCAGGCACCCAACCAGCAGCCUCGGCGCUAACCACCUACAAUGCCCAGGCGGCUGCCUACGAGGCCCAGGCGGCUGCUUCCCAAGUCCCCACUUACGAGGCCCAGACCGCCACCACAUACGCUGCCACUUAUGGGGCCCAGGCGGCUGCGACGUACGCAGCUUCCUACGGGGCUCAGGCGGCUGCCCUCUCGGCGUCUUACGGGGCCCAGUCUGCCGCCAACCAGUCCGCCUUGUACAGUGCCCACCCUCUCUCAGCACAGUCGGCUUCAUACGGAGUCCAACCAGCCGUCGGCCAUGCAGCGGCCUACGGGGCCCAGGCAACGUCUGCUCUCUCCGCUGCCUACGGGGCACAGUCUGCCGCAAACCUGGCUGCUGCUUAUAGCAUGCAGGAUGCCGCCGCCGCCGCCUCUUAUAAAACCCAGCUUUCUGCUUCCCUGUCCAGCGCCUACAGAGCCCCAGCGGAGGCAGCCUAUGCAGCAGCGCAGCAGUCCGCUUCGGCCCCCCUAGCAGCCGGUUACAGGGCUCAGCCAGCCUACAACGGGCUGACUCAGUCUGCGCAGCAGGCAGCCUCCUACUCGGGGAUGCCUCAGGCAGAAGCGGCUGGCCUCCACCCGCCGUACGAACGCACUCGCCUCUCCCCGCCACGCGGCAGCCGUGAGGAUCUCUACAGAAAAGCAGCUGCGAUGAAUAAGAGGUACAAUUCUGACCUCUCAGAUGACCGCCGUUUAUCUGACCUCUCUGAUUUCCGCCGUUUAGCAGACUCCCCCCAUGCGUACCGCCAAUCGCCGACAAAGGCUCAACUGGAUUAUCGCCGUCUCCCAGAAAUGCAGUCUGAUUAUGCCCAAUAUGCGGGGGCCUAUGGCGAUUAUUUGCGUAACGCCCAACUGCAACUGCAUGCUAGUUACCAGCGCCGUCUGUAGAGGAUCUUUAUCCCCCGUCUCUCCUGGGGUGGGACCGCGUCACUGUUCUGGCGCCCGCCGUUCUAACACAUUUAGCAUAACCCCAGCCGCUGCGUCCUUGAUGAGCAGCCCUCGCCUUUUGAUUUCAGACUGUCCUUUUAGUCGCUAUACAUUUCUUCCCACCUUUUGUCACAGGUGCCCUCGACAGCAUUCCUGUCCCUCUCAUUUGUUGUUGUCGUCCUUUCGUAUUCUAAGUAAAGGGUGUGUUACUUACUUUAGUGAGCCAUAUGUGGCCAUCCAAGACGUUUUCUAGGAGAGUCGUUCGGGUCGCCACCUCAAUCUCAGAAUUAGGGCUCUGUGCUUGGCCUCAGGAGCGCUAUAGAUUGCUGCAUAUUCAACCCUUUAAAACCAAAGUCCCAGGGGUGAGGGUAACCGUGUGGUGAGCAACGUUUGCGUCCGGUUCCUUGGUCUUGCCUUUCUCCAGGUCCCGCCAGUGAGAAAUACAACUCUUCCUGUAUUGAAAUCCUCAUUUAAUGUCCUGGUUGAAAGGAUCGCUUGGCAUCUUUUUCUAAGUCCGCUCACUUGCUUUUAUGUAAUAGCAUCCUUCGCUGAUAUAUUUUUUUUCUCUCUCUUGUGACUUGCCAGUAUAGAGUGUGCAGGUAAACCUGAUGUUAGAAGUGAGUUCAGGUAAAUUUCUUUUGUAUUAACUGUAAAUAAAAUGUGGGGAGUGAAAUUUUAGAAAAUCAA